UGUCAGUCACACACGGCACUUGAGUCACAGAGACCCCGAGACCCCGGACACUGCGCAAGUGACUCGCGCCCUCGCAAUUGACUCCAACCAAGCCGUCGUACAGCCUCCCGACUUAAAGGUCUCUCUCUCAAGUUCUCCUCAUCGUCCUCGUCCUGAAGUGCUCUCUUCUCCGUCAAUAACUACCAACCCUCGUCUCAGUAGCGUCAGCUCUAACGGAACUUUUGGUUUGAAUUCACUUUAGAACAGUGGAUUCGAACUAAGUUCCUCUCGACUCCCAGCAGGCACAAUGUGCUCACCAAUUAUUCCUCGUAUGCCCCCGAUUCACUCUGUCGCUACUACCCAAGAUUACUCUGCUACCGUCUCCAAGUCUGAUUUUACCGUUCAAAUCCCCAAGUUCACUGAUGAGUAUUCUACCUUCGUUUAUUAAGUUCCCACAACUGUAGCGAUAUAUCACCAACCUCCCCACUCGUCCUUUUUUGACUUCUUUUUCUUUGCUCCCCACUCUCAAUCGACUCCCAACUCGACUCUCAACUUGAAUGUACCCCUCGAUCCAUUCUCUCGCCCAUAGGGCUCCUCCUGCCACUCGCACAAGAGUUCGUUGGCAGCCGUAUAAUUCACUGCCCACGACAUCUGCCUCAAGUUUCACAUCACGUUCUCCUUCAUCUACUUAUCUUAAUACCCCCACUUCAUCCGUAUCAUCAUCCCCUUCCCCAAUUCCUUCCCGUACAUGCGAUUCCGAACGAGCCAAAAUACCACAGCAAAGGGAUCCCGCCCAAUCUCGCGAAAAGAACAAGUAUGCGCUUAGCCUAGUCGACCAAGCCGUCAAAUCUCUUCACGAAAUUUGGCAUCCCCAAGAUAUACCUGUGGUCUUUCUCACUUCUUCUCGGGCUACGGUCCCGGGCACGACCACUGACAGUUCACCUCCUUGCAACUCUGCGUUCAACUCAGUCGCAUCGCAUUCUUCCUCUUCCUCCACGCAAUUGAGAAAUAAGCAAUUACCAUCUCCCAACUCCCCUACUACGCAUCCAUCACCUCCCAAUUCAUCCCCUACUCCAUCCACCACCCAAUGCAACGAUUCCCUAGAGGCAUUGUUGAAUCCUCGCAACAUGGUUCCUAUGAAAGGGUUCGUGCACGAGGUCCUCAGACGCUCUCGGACUUCUGGAACCGUUCUUCAAACUGCUUUAUGUUACCUCGAAGCUAUCCGGGGAAAGGUACCCGAACUUAUUCGUCAGGAAAAGGCUGGCGAAGGGCUCAAGGGAGAACUGGAAUUGGAUAGCCGUAUAACUCCAGCCACGGAAGCUGAGCUUGAGCUAGAGGCUCUGUCGAGCACUAAUUCCAGCUGUAGCUCCGGAUUGCCUACUCUUAUAGUCAACGAUGCUGGAGAUGUUAUGGAUACUGUCAAGGUUUCCUAUUCAGAUGAUGUUGACUCUAUCGAUACAAGUUCGACUAGUGCUACUGCAUAUGGGAUUGGUGAAGCAGUUGCACAGUCAUCGGUCGAAGACGACACAUCGAAGAAACCAAAAGCUACCAGCCCUUCGUUAACUCCACUUCCUCCCCUUCCAUCUCCUCUACUUUGCCCACGACGAGCAUUCUUGGCGGCUCUGAUCCUCGCUUCCAAGUUUACGCAAGACAAAUGCUACUCAAACCGCGCUUGGGCCAAGCUUUCAGGUCUCCCACCGCGGGAGAUCGGUCGUUGCGAGCGCGCGUUGGGUGAUGCACUCGACUGGAGACUAUGGGUGGGUAAGUCGCCAGCUCCAAGUUCGCCGGCUACCUCCGCCUCGACGACAACGACAAGCCCAAGUUCUACGCCGCCAGUUACUGGCACAGGCAAUUCUAGACCUGUAUCGCGUUGUCACAGCGAGAGUAAUCUUCGUUCGUCAGCGUCAGAGAGAUCCGCCUUUCUUGUUACCGAUAAGGUUAGCAGUCACCAGAGGACCCUUGGUCCUGUGUCAGCUAGACCUUUAGCUACGAGAUCUGGGUCAGGUUUACGAAGAGCCUCGACGCUCCCCGUGGAAAUUUUCGCUUCUUCCCCUACCUCGUCGUUUUCUGGCCAGGGCUCAUAUCACUCACGUUUGAGAAGCAACAAUGUCGUCGCACAAUGGAUCAGUGGUCAGUCGCACGCUGACCGAUCCGAUCAAGAAAUGUACUCUCCCGAAGUGGAGUCUACAAAAUCAGAAUUUGAGGUGAGUCCUUGUUUACAUUUGUUGGUUCGGAUUGCGUUUCAAAUGGACAUGUUCUGAUUGGUCUUUUUCUUUUUUUGUUCCUCCUCCCUCCAUCUUCCUCUUUACGUCCCCAAAACUCCGUAUACGGCUCUCUAUCGACUCUCCACCCCGAAUGGUCGCUUCGUCUCCUUUCACCCCUUCAACAGACACAUGUCAGCGUGUUCACUAGCACACAUGUGACUUGUCCCUCGUCCAGUCCUUGUCCCCCGACACCUGGCCUCAGUUAUUCCCCUUCUACGACCGAAUCUUCUUUAGAGAGUGGAGAUCGUACAAUUCAGAUGUCAGCAUUUACCUCAUUCGAAGAGGUCGCUACCUCUGGAUCGUUCGGCUCGGUUGGGUCGUUGAACACCCACUUGGGGGUGGGAUGCGGAACUACUGGUGUUACCCCCUGGAUAGGAUCUUCCUCCCCUGUUUCGAUCGGUAAUCAUAAUUCUGAUUGCACUUAUGUGCCCCAGACGAAAUUAGACCAGCCGCCAGUGUACUUCAGUGGGUAUUCUAACUGGAGUGGUAGAGAGAUAAGUUUGGUUGAUACAACAGUUGGGAUGAUCGUAUGACUAGAGGCAUUGGUGAUGAUCUUGUUCAGCUUCGGAAAAAUGCUGUUCGAGGUUGUCGCCACUCUACGAUGUGGCAUUCUACCGAUUCCUUCCUCGAUUUUUUUAUCUCCGUUCUCUCUCUUUUCUUCUAUUCUUGUUAUCAUUCCUAGUGUAUACACAACGACAUAUAGCUUCAUAAAAUCCUGGAAUCUCGUUUUCUCCUCUUUACUUGUCUCGCCUCUAUUUCCUCUUGUUUGCUUCUCCAAUCCGAAAACCUUGGGCUCCCAUAUCUUGUGCAACCUGCUAUAUAUUCCUGUCGCUUUCGUUUAUGGGUACCCCUUGUUGAAAAUACAUAUACAUAUCUAUAUCACUUCUCUUUUCUAUUAUAAGUGGCGACCCAUUGUUUUCGAGCUUGGGCUUCCUUCCUCAUUUUCUACUGCAGAUGCGGAGACGUUGACGAUGUGCACGUGGUUCACUGCUUCAAACCUUCCCGCUCGAGUUCAAACUUCCACUCCGUUUGUACGAUAUCUGUAUGUGUUCGCCUACAUCAAUGUUUUCAUACCUCUUCCACAC